AUGGCAAAAGGUAUAUAUCAACCUUGGGUUAUAGUAGGGGAUUUUAAUGCUAUACUCUAUACUAAGGAUAGAUUAGCUGGUGUGCCUGUUACUACUAAUGAGAUAAAAGAUUUGGGUGAGUGUGUGAGAGACAUGGGGGUUAUAGAAUUGCAGUGGACAGGGAAUUACUACACUUGGACUAACAAACAAUGUGGGAAGGAUAGAAUUUCCAGUAGAAUAGAUAGAGCAUUUGGAAAUGAUGAAUGGAUGGAUAAAUGGGGGCAUGUAAAUGUAGAUUAUGGGAUUCCUAGCAUAUCAGAUCAUAGCUCUAUGGUGUUAGUUCUUCAAAAAACUCAGCAGCAUGGGAAAGGUAGCUUUAAAUUCUUCAAUGUUUGGACUGAGCAUGAGAGUUUUAUGGAAAUGUUAUACAGGAAAGAGUUCAAGUAUAUUGGGAAACAGAUUUAUAUGGCUAGAAUAGAGGUUGCAAAUGUUCAAAUCCAGCUAAAUGAGCAAGUUACUGAUGAGUUAAUUGUGAAGGAGAAAGAGUUGUUGAUUAAGCUCGAAAAAUGUUCAUUGAUUGAAGAAAGUGCUCUGAGACAGAAAUCAAGGAUCAAAUGGAUACAAUUAGGGGAUGCAAAUAACAAGUAUUUCAGUUCAGUCAUUAAAGAGAGAAAUCAAAAGAAACAAAUAAGAAGUAUUAUGUCCUUAAAUGGUAAGAUGCUUUAUGAUCCACAGGGAAUCCAAGAGGAGUUUGUGAUGUUUUAUAAGAGUCUUAUGGGAUCUUCAGCAGGUAAGUUGCCAGCCAUUAAUGCACAAGUGAUGAAAAGAGGGCCUACAUUGACGAAACAACAAAGAUUACAAUUGUGGACUGCAGUAACUGAUCAAGAGAGAAAUGAUAAAGCACCAGGAUAG